AUGUCAGCAGAGGUCAAUACAAGCCUUUUGGUGCCAGACAACUCGCAUCUCGACCGACAUGGAUACCUCUUCGGCCACCCGAUAGCUCAUUCCUUGUCACCGCUGUUCCACCAGACCAUCUACGAUGGACUGGGUCUGAAUUGGGCGCAGCUACUACUCGAAUCUACUGAUAUGGAACUGUUCCUGAAGUUGAUGCAAGAUCCCAAAUUCUACGGUGCUUCGGUUACCAUGCCGCACAAGCUCGCUAUCUUACAACAUCUCGAUGUAAUCUCGCCCGAGGGCAAAACGGUUGGCGCUGUCAACACUCUUUAUUGCCGUCAAGAUUCUGCCACUGGUAAGCGUCUGUUCCUAGGAACAAACACAGACGUGAUUGGUGUGCGAGACGCUUUUGACUUCAAUGUGAAAGACCCCGAUACCUGCUUCCACGGGCGUCCAGCAUUGGUUGUAGGCGGUGGUGGAGCGGCUCGGAGUGCAGUAUACGCCCUAAGAAAGUGGAUGAAGGCGACUAACAUCUACCUUGUAAACCGGGACCGCCAGGAGGUGAAAGACGUGAUCGACCAUUGUGUAUCGAUGGGUUAUGGCGACGGGUUGAUUGACGUAUCGACUGUCGAGCAGGCAGAGCAGCUAGAAAGCGUUGGGGCCAUCGUGGCAUGUGUGCCGAAUUUUCCGGCGAGGACACCAGAAGAGAAGGAAGCAAGGUCAAUACUACAGAGCUUCCUGCACAGGUCCCACAAAGGCGCUCUCCUUGAGAUGUGUUACCAUCCUUCGCCAUGGACAGAAAUUGCAGAAAUUAGCAAAACCAGUGGUUGGCAAGUCAUUCUAGGCACGGAAGCCAUGAUCUAUCAGGGACUGGAGCAAUCUAAAUACUGGACGGAAAGAAGCAUCGAUGAACUGCCGGUGGAGAGGGUACACGAGGUUAUCGCAGCAAAGCUGAACGAGGUACACCAUUAG